AUGUUUUGGAGAAAAAGUGUCACGUCUUUACAGUUAGCCUCGGUGCUACUCACAAUGAUAGACGAAGAUUUUCUUUGCAAGCUGGAGACAGACUUAGAAGAUCAACUCGUCUCCUCUAGAGGUCUGAUGUAUGAAGAGGAAGAACCAGCAGAAGCGUUAUACGUUAGGUCUCGUAAAGGAACAGCAGUUCUUCAGUACAAAGGUCAUAGGUAUAGAAGAGCCUAUAGGACUAAGAAUGGGACACGAUGGAAUUGUUCUCUGAACAAAAACUGUGGGGCGUUUAUAUAUCUGAAUGAUCAUGAUGAAAUCCUCAUGUCGUAUGAAGAACACGACCACCCAAAGAGGACUGAAAAUCGCACUGUAGUGGACCAAAAUGAUACAGCAGUAGUCAUCACAUCUCGCAAAGGUAAAGAGAUGCUCCUGUUUCGUAAGUAUACUUAUCGCAAGCAAUACGACAAAGGGAACAAGUCUCGCUGGAUCUGCUCGACCCUCAAGAAUUGUAGGGGCUGUGUGUUUACAGAUAGCAAUAACUUAAUCAUUUCGGCUUUCGAAGAACACUGCCACAAUCCUCCUAAGUACUACUUGAAACCAGAUCACGUCCUUAGCGCAUUGAGAGAGCCUCUCAUCAUAGAGACAGAUUGA